AUGAAGGUGUAUAAAAUUGCUGUUGAUGGGCCUGCUGCAAGUGGAAAAAGCAGUGCAUCAGAUCUAGUUGCAAAAAAAUUAGGAUUUUCACACUUGAUAUCAGGAAACCUGUAUAGGGCUGUGACUUAUGCACUAGUGAGUCAAUUCGAAGAAGUGCAGCCUAAGGAUGAGGAGCAAAAAAGAUUUGUUCUCGGACUGGACAUGGAGAUAAGAAACAACAGGGUGUUCCUUAAUGGAAAGGAUAUAUCUGAUUACCUUCGUGGCGAGAAGAUUGACUAUCAUGUCACUUCAAUUGCCAAAGAGAAAUAUGUCCGAGAAAAAGUGUCUGUUAUUCAAAAAUCUACAAUAAAGCUUGAAAAGAAGGGGAUCAUUGUUGACGGGAGAGACAUAGCCACUAAAAUAAUGCCUGAGGCUGACCUGAAGAUAUUUCUUACUGCAAGCCCUGAGACAAGGGCUAAAAGAAGGUAUAAAGAGAGUAAGUCUGAAUCAUAUGAAGAACUGCUAGAAGCUAUGAUAAAAAGAGAUCGUGGAGACAGGACAAGAGAGCAUGGCCCCCUUGUUGCUGCCGAGGGGUCAAUUAUCAUUGAAAAUGACUGUAUGACGCUGGAGGAAACAGCAGAUGAGAUCGUAAGGCUCUUUAAAAGAGUUGAAUCCUUUAAUUAA